AUGGAACUUUUUGAUGAAUUUCUUCACGAAUCUGCUCUCGAAAUCCUGAUCGAUUUCGAUAAUUUUACACAUAGAGGUAGUGGUUGGAUGCUUCGAAAAGUCAACCUAUUGGAAAUACGAAUUGGUAAAUACAUCGCACUCUCAGGAGGUUGUCUCUUUUGGAAACUACCCGAACAAUUCUUAGCAAAAAGAUGUGUAGUACAGCUACAAACUUCAAGUAAGUGCUUUAUGUGGAGUGUUUUAGCAGCUCUUCAUCCAGCUGAAAACAAUCCCGGUAGAAUCUCUAAUUAUCAAAAAUUCAUUGAUAAUUAUGAUUUUGAUGGAUUCACAGAUGAUGUCAAAUUGGAUCGUAUCAAGUAUUUUGCUCAGAAAAAUUCGCUUUCAAUCAAUGUAUAUACAUUGACUUAUAGUGAAGAACUUGGUUUGUACCCUGUUCCUUUGUUCGUGAGCAAAGAACAAAUGCCAAAACAUGUGAAUCUCUUGCUAUACGGUCAACAUUAUUGGCCGAUAAAAAAUUUCAAUAGAUUCUGUGGUAGUAAACAAUCAAGAUAUCAUCAUUUUUGCUAUAAUUGUAUGACGGGAUUUUCGACAAAAAAAUCAUUAUGUGAUCAUGUAGAAAACUGUAAAAACUUCAAGUCUCAAAAAAUUAUCACUCCGGAAAAAGGUGCCAAGUUAAAAUUUGAUCAAUUCUCAAAACAACUCAAAUAUCCUUUUGUAGUUUAUGCAGAUUUUGAAACUUUGUGUAAACCUGUCGAAACUAAUCUUCACAAGCAAACAUUCGAGUAUCAAGAACAUGUUCCAUCAAGUUUCGGUUAUGCAGUCGUUGAUGCUUUUGGAAAAAUUAUUGAAUACGAUUCUUAUCGUGGAGACAAUGCCGGAAGAGUUUUUCUGCAAUCAAUGUGUAGAUUGAGCGAAAAAAUUCGAGACAUGAUCAGUGAUCGUCAGCGAACAUUCGUUAUGACGCCAACAGAUGAAGCAGCUUUUAUAAUUUGUGAGACGUGUCACAUCUGUGAGAUGCAGUUCGAAAACGAUGACAUAAAAGUGAAAGACCAUGAUCACAUGACUGGUAAAUACCGCGACGCUACUCACGUUAAUUGCAAUUUAUCUUUGAAAAUGCCUGAUGAUAUUCCUGUAGUAUUCCAUAAUCUUAAAAAUUUCGAUGCACAUAUUCUAUUACAAGGGAUCGAACGCAAAAUGUUUGACAAAAUUUCAAUUGUUCCGCAAAACAUGGAAAAAUACAUUUCUUUCACGUUUGGUAAAUUAAAAUUCAUUGAUAGUUUUUCUUUCUUGAGUAGUUCUCUUGAAAUUCUUGCUGCUGAUUUAGAAGAAACUACUAAAAACCGUUACUUAUCACAGUUAUUUGAUGUGAAUGAUCUGGAUUUCGUAUCAAAGAAAGCCAAACUUCCUUAUGACUAUUUAGACAGUUUCGAACGUUUUUCUGAAACAUGCAUGCCUGGAAUAGAGGAUUUUGCAAAUAAAUUGAAAUUUGAAAAUCUAGAUGAAGAAACUUAUCAAAAUAUGCUUAGUUUAUGGAAUCAUUUCAAGGUGAAAAAUCUUGGUCAAUUUCAAGAUAUUUAUCAGAAAAUCGAUGUUGCUUUGCUGGUUGCAGUGUUCGAAAAUUUUAGAACAAUCAGUAUGACACAGUUCAAUCUAGAUCCACCCCAUUUUUAUUCAGCUCCUGGUCUUACAUGGGCUGCAGCUUUGAAAAAAACUAGAGCUGUCAUUGAUCUUUUAACUGAUAUUGACAUGAUUAUGAUGAUUGAAAAGGGAGUAAGAGGUGGAAUAUCCUCAGCAAUGUGCAGAUAUAUAAAAGCUAAUACACCGGGAACUUCAGAGUAUGACAGCGAUAAACCCCCAAGUUUUCUCACAUAUCUCGAUGUAAACAAUUUAUAUGGUUAUGCAUUGCAACAAAAUAUGCCAAUUUCUGAUUUCAAAUGGGUCAAACCCAAUAAAUUUGAUCAUGUUUACACAAAUUACAUCGAAAAAGACCCGCAAGAUUCAGAUACAGGUUAUAUACUAGAAGUUGAUCUUGAUUAUCCUGAUGAUCUACACACAGCUCACAAUGACUAUCCCUUAGCUCCAGAUAAAUUGAUUAUCGAUGAUGAUCUGUUGAGUGAAUAUCAAAACAAAAUAUUGCAAAGCACUGGAUAUAAAAGAACAAAAAGUAUGAAAUUAAUCCCCUGUUUUCUGAAGAAGAAGAAAUACGUUGUACACUGUAAAAAUCUAUCUUAUUAUGUUAAACAAGGUUUGAAAGUCACUAAAAUUCACAGAAUAAUGCAAUUUGUUCAAAAACCAUGGUUACGAGACUAUAUUCUUUUGUGUACAACUAAACGUCAAGAAAGUAAAUCGGCAUUCGAAAAAAAUUUUUGGAAGCUCAUGGUUAAUGCGAUUUAUGGUAAAUCUAUCGAAGAUGUUCGCAAACACACUGAAAUAAAACUGGAGCUUUCACUUGAUGGAGCUAUGAAACAGAUGCGAAGACCAAUGUGUGAAAAGUUCUUUAUUUUGGAUGAAAAUAAAGCACUCUUCAAGAUGCGACGAAGAAAAGUUCAUCUUAACAAGCCGAUUUUUGUUGGGUUCACAGUUUUAGAGUUCUCUAAACUACACAUGUACCAAUUACAUUAUGAUAUUUUCAAGAAGUAUUUUGGUGAAUAUAUUGAACUGAUUUAUACUGAUACUGACAGUUUAAUAUAUCAUAUAAAAACAGAUAAUAUAUACAAUGAUUUCAAGAAACUUCAUUACAUAUUUGACUUUUCUGACUACCCUAAAGAUCAUUUUUCAGGAUUAUCGACAGAUAUCCACAAGAAAAAACUUGGUUAUCUUAAAGAUGAAAUGAAUGGAAAACACAUUCUGGAGUUCAUUGCAUUGAAGCCAAAAGUUUAUGCAAUGAAGACUGAAGAUUCAACUAAAAAAACUGCGAAAGGUGUGCAAAAGGCUGUUCUCAAAAGUAUGGUCAGUUUAGAUGACUAUAAGACAUCACUUUUCGAACUCAAACUAUUCCAUCAUGAUAUGAGAGCAAUAAGAAGUAAAGGACAUGCCAUUAAAUCCAUUCAAACACAUAAACUUGCACUUAAUCCAUUCGAUGACAAACGUUACUUGAAACUAGAUGGCGUUACUUCUUACGCAUUUGGUCAUUAUGCAAUCAACUGGAAUAACUAA